AUGUGCAUACUGGUAUUCGCACCUGCCGUAUAUGCUCACCUGCAACAAAUCGUUCCUUCCACAACCCGUCAACAUUUAUCUACCAGUCAUCCAUCCACUCAUCAACUUACCACUCAUUCAUACACUCGUUCAAGAUUCAGAAAUUGACUUUAUUUAUGCAAUAUGUCGAUGUCCGCCAAGGCAAAAGGCAAGCAGAGGGACCCCGGUGAAAGCCCACCCCCGGAGACUUCGGAAGAGGAACGGAAAAAGGAAGAGCAGCGGAUACAGGAUGAGCAAUGGAGAGAGGAAAUGGAACGGAGGGAAGACGAACAGCGGAGACGGCGAGAGCAAUGGAGACUGAGAGAACAACAGAGACUGGAUGAACACCGGAGAGAAUACCGGAGAGAAGAACCAUCGCAAGAACCACCGAAAACGUUGGAACAGGUAGAAGAGCCACUCCGACAGGAAAUCCAACAGAGACGGGAAGUGUUAGCGCAAAAAGCAGCAGAAGAGGCCAAACAACGAGAAGAAGAAGAAAAAGAAGCCGAAAAGAGACGACGAGAAGAACGAGACAAAAGAGAACGGGAAGACGAAGAAGCAAGGAAACAAGCAAUAGAAGCGAUACAGCAACAGCAUGAAGCAGAGGCAAAGCAACGGGAGGAAGAAGAGCAAAAGGAACGGGCAGCACGAGAGGCAGAGCGACUGGCAGCAAUAGAGAGAAUGCGACAGGCAGAAAGGAAGGCAAGGCAACGGGAAUCAAAAGUGUCGGUGGCACGUAGUAGAGCCAUGGCACGGGAACGGGCAGAAGCGAUACAGCAAAACAGAGCGAAUAUCCUAGAGGAGCAGCGAAAACUCGAACCGAGCCGGCUAGAGCGGUUGCUUUGGUGGAGGUACCGUCCAGGACGAAACCCUGUCAUGGUCAGGCUGGCGGGUCGCGACGAAUUGAUUCGAAUAGAAAAUCCGAGACUGGCAUUUCCAGACCACGCGGACGGUGCCACGCCAACAGACUAUAUUACAGCAACGGACUGGGCGUAUAUCACAACCACCAUACCCGCUCAGGGAAAAGCAUCGUACCCAGACCUUCCGAACCCUAGUCUUGGGGUCAUCAAACAUGCCAUCACCCAGACGUCCAUGAUCCUCGACAAAACCAGAUGUGCAUGGCGGAUCUUGAGCCGGAUCGAGAAGAGCCACCCCAAGGAGAAGGCCGUGACCGUCGCCGUGGUCCAUGCCAUCCAAGUGAGGGAAAUGGCCGAGUCCCUCUUUGAAUUUCUCGAGAAAAGCAAGAUGGCGCUAGAGCAGACCCGAGCCAAGCUUGUGGAUCUGCCGGCUGGCGACGCACGCUGGCGCUCCGGCGCCCGUGCGGCCAAGUUCAAUGCACAUGUCACGAUGCUCCUAUACCAGGACCUAUUUGAGGAUGCGAAUUUCACAGUGGCGGGAUUCCACACUGCCCGAGCAGACACACGGUGGCACGCGGCAGAGGAGCAACGUGGAGCGGGUGAGAUCGAAGCGUUAAGAAAGAUGGCCAAGAAGCACAAGGCCAGCGAGCCGGUCCGGCCACUGGACUAUGUGGCUCGGACUCAAAUCCCUCUGACAGGGCCUCCAAAGCGGAGUGUCAGCCCACAUCCGUUGCCCGUGGAAUUCGUCGAGGGCGCAGUCGCGUUUAUGCAGGUCUCCCAGAAUCUUCUGGAACAGGGGAGGCGCGUUCGACCUACACCGCGUUCCUAAUCAUUGUCACUUCAUUCCCAGAGGGCGAACAGAUGAUUUCCGGGGCGCUAUCUUAUCUGCCUGGAUCAAUCCCCACGGGCUAUAUUGUUAUACCACCCAAUUAUUACGGAUGGAGAUCCAUCAUGAACACAGCCAAUGUGUGGCGAGAUAGUCAGUAGAGACACGAACCGAUCCUGUAGAUUUCCCGUGAUAUAUACGAGACACG